AUGUUCAACAUUGAGAAUUAUAAUCCAAUUGAAAAACAAGCGACUAUAAAUAUCGGUACGAUAGGUCAUGUAGCACACGGUAAGUCAACUACUAUAAGAGCUAUUUCUGGGAAAUCUACACUUAAAUACAAGUCAGAAUUAGAAAGAAAUAUAACUAUUAAAUUAGGAUAUGCCAAUGCAAAGAUAUAUGAAUGUAAUUGUGAGAGACCUGAAUGUUACUCUAGUACACCCUUAAAGUGUUUAGAGUGUAAUUCAGAUAAAAGAUUGAUUAGACAUGUUUCAUUUGUAGAUUGCCCAGGUCAUGAAGUAUUAAUGUCAACUAUGCUUAAUGGAUCUGCCAUUAUGAAUUCUGCAUUGUUACUUAUAGCAGCUGAUGAAGAUUGUCCACAACCUCAAACAAAGGAACACCUUGAAGCAUUUAAAAUACUGGGAAUUGAUAAUUUUAUAGUUUUACAAAGUAAAAUUGAUUUGAUUAGCAAAGAACAGGCGCUUGAACAAUAUAAAAUUAUUAAUUUAUUUUUACAAAGUAAUGGUAUGAGUGCACCGGUUGUACCACUAUCCGGUCAAAUGAAUGUGAAUGUUGAUGCCGUAUUAGAUUUUAUAGUAAAUUAUGUUAAAGAACCAGAAUUAAACUAUGAUGAAGAUUCUAAAAUGAUAAUUAUAAGAUCAUUUGAUAUAAAUAAACCAGGUACGCUUUAUUCAAAGGUACAAGGUGGUGUUAUUGGAGGAUCAAUAAUAUCAGGUUCAUUGAGGGUAGGUGAAGAAAUUGAAAUAAGGCCUGGUAAAAUAAUAGAAGAAAAUGGUGAAGUUAAGUGUGUUCCUUUUAUAACUGAAAUUAAGUCUUUAUAUGCAGAAUCAACUAAUUUAGAUAUAGCAUUACCAGGUGGGCUGAUUGGUGUUGGAACUGAUAUUGAUCCAUCAGAAUGUAAAAAUGAUAUGAUGGUAGGUAGUGUUGUGGGUAAAAAAGGAAAAUUACCCCCGGUGUUUAAAAAAAUCAAAAUUAAGUAUAAUUUAUUAGAAAAACCAGUAGGAAGUGAUGUUGAUUCACUUGAUGAAGAAUCCGUUGUAACUGUUAAUGUAUCUUCUGCCUCUUCUGUUGUUAAUAUAAUUGAAAUUACAGAUGAUUAUGGUUAUUUGGAGUUAUUAAAGCCUAUUUGUGCUAAUGUUGGUGAAAAGUUAUCUAUUUCUAUAAAGGAAGGUAAAAGUAUAAGAUUAGUUGGUUAUGGAAACAUCAUUGAAGGUGAAGAUACCGAAAUUAUUUAUGAAUGA